CUCUUCUUCCCCUUCUUUCUUUCUCUUUCUUUCUUUCCUACCCUGGGUCGGUGGAAAGAUGAACCCAGCAGGCGAAACCCAACCUUCCUGGAAAGAUGAACCCAGUAGGCGAAACCCGGCCUUCCUCACCCUCCCAAUCCCUCUUCUUCCCCUUCUUUCUUUCUCUUUCUUUCUUUCCUACCCUGGCAAUGACUUGCCAAUGGAUAACUCCAGGCUCAAGAGGAAUGUCACCGGUAUAUUUCCGGAGCAGAUUACGCUUGCCAUUUCCUCACCAACUUCAAUGUGGGUCUCCUGGGUCACGGGGGAUGCUCAGGUUGGCUCAGGGGAUGCUCAGAUUGGCUCCAAUGUGACUGCGCUCGAUCCAUCAUCGGGAACCCAACAAAGCUGGGUUCGGUUGAAACCCAGAUCUCCUGGGUUUCGAUGAACCCAGCCUUGUUGGGUUCGUCAAAACCCUGCUGGGUUCGGUUGAAACCUAGCAAGGCUGGGUUUCAACGAACCCAGGUUGGGUCCGUCGAAACCCUGAUCUACUGGGUUUCAAUAAACCCAGCCUUGCUGUUUCGACGCGAUUUUCAUUCUCAGUUGUUAAUAAAUUUAGGAGUUGAUU